AUGUCCUUUUUUUCUAUCGACUUCCAUUUCCUUUUUUCUUCAUUUUAUUUGUCUUUUUACUUUUAUUCCUGUUUUUUAUUUAUUUUAUUAAUUUUUUUCGUUUCUUUCUUUAUUUCCCUCGUUUUUUCUAUUUUUCUUGUCUUUUCUUUUCUUUCUCUAUUUUUCCUUGUUUUUUCAUUUCUUUCUUUAUUUUACUUGUUUUUUCCUUUUCUUUCCCUUGUUUCUUUUUUCUUUUCAUUGUCUUUUUCUCUUCUAUCUCUAUUUCCCUUGAUUUUCUUUUUCAUCUUCUUGCUCUUUUUCAUUUUUCAUUUUCCUUAUCUUUUGUUUCUUCAUUCAUUUGGGUCAUUUCUUUACUUUUCUCAAUGUUUCAUUCUUUUAUCAUUUUUCAUGACUUUUUCUUUAUUUUUUCAUUCUUUCUACUUUUUCGUUCUUCAUUCUUAUUGGUUCUUCUUUCCAUUCUUCAUUUUAUUUCUAUACUUUUACUUUACCUCUGAGUAUUCUUCGUUGUCAUUCGGUGUUUCAUCAUCUUUCAUUUUUUUUUCUUUUCUUCUUCAAAAACAUUUCCUUCUUUUCGCUAUUUGUUUCUUGUUUUCACUAAUAUUUUUUCUCUCCUAUUUUCUUUUUUCUUCUUUUUCUUCCUAUAUAUUUGUCUCUUUUUUUAUCUCAAUGCUUUCCUCUUCCACUCUUUUUUCUACGUCCCUCUUCUUCUUCUUCUUCUUCUUCUUCUUCUUCUUUCUCAUUUCCACAAUUGCUGACAUCUUGCAAAGCGCACAAACAACUUUCAAGACAGGCAUACACACAUGA